UGAGUAUAUGACUGUCUAGUUCCAUUGAUCACCUUUUGCUCAGUUAUGUGACCAAUUCAAACGUCUUACGUGUGAAUGCAUACAACAUUACUUUGUUUAGCUGUCUGUUUAUCUACCUCUCUGCCGAUCAUAUUUAAUUAUUAUAUUGGCCUUUACACACUUCGGACACGCUGACUAUCUUGAGCUAAAAGGAAUCCUUUGUGAUUCAUUACUAUCACACAGUAGCUCGUUAAGAAGAAGCUUUCUUUAUCCCAUUUGAACACUUUUAAAAGAGAACCUGAAUCUUCAUAGAAAUACUAAAUCCAAGGAUAGAAACGGAUCACAUAACCUAUCGUGUUUAUUACUGAAGCAUGAAUAUAGCUGUUAUCGGUUUCAUCAAUCCCGUUGCUUUUAGUUCUUACGACGUAAUUGGCGCAACCUAUAAAUGUUUUGACUUUCUGGGCACCCUCCCUUUGUUUGUUGCGUUAUCGCGCAGUUUUCAUCUGAUAAUUCUAAAAUAACCUUUCGUUGGAAUUAAAGGAAUACUUAUUCUUAAUAAUUCUCACAAGAAAUGGGAUCUCACUUUGGUGUAGUACAACCAAUUUUCACGGAUUUCUAUGAAUUGACAAUGUCGUAUGCCUAUUGGAAAGCUGGAAAAGCCAAUGAUACUGCAACUUUUGAAAUGUUUUUUCGUAAAAAUCCUUUCAAUGGAGAGUUCACUAUAUUUGCUGGUCUUCAAGAUUGUAUUGAGUAUUUAAGUUCGUUUAAAUUCACUCAGGAUGAUGUUGAAUAUUUGCAAAAAAUUAUGCCAUCAACUGUUGAUCCCGAUUUCUUUGAUUAUUUGCUUAGUAUUGAUACAAAGGGAUUAUUAUUAUGGUCUGUUAAAGAAUGUUCAGUUGUUUUUCCAAAAGUCCCUAUUAUGCGAAUUGAAGGACCAGUAGUACUAUGUCAACUUGUAGAAUCUACAUUAUUGAAUUUGGUUAAUUAUGCGAGCCUAGUGACUACGAAUGCUACACGUUACCGUCUGGCUUGUGGUCCAAGUAAAAAAUUAUAUGAAUUUGGUUUACGUCGUGCUCAAGGACCAGAUGGUGCACUCUCAGCUUCAAAGUAUGCAUAUUUAGGAGGUUAUGAUGGAACUAGUAAUGUUUUAGCUGGGAAAAUAUAUGGAAUUCCAGUUGUUGGGACACAUGCACAUUCAUUUGUGUCAGCUUUUCAAUCUUCUUAUGAAGGGGAAUGUAUAGAUGAUUUCGGAAAAUUCAGAAGAGAAGCCGCCGAUCUAAAUAACUCAUAUGAUGAUCACCUUUUAGACUUAAACCGUCAACCCAUGAAAUUGAAUGAAUUUUUGAAACGUUGUUGGUAUUGGUCUGCUAGUUUAUCUCGUGUAUUAAAAUAUCAUUCAGAUCAAAUACAUCCAGGUGAAUUAAAUGCAUUCGCCAAUUAUGCUAUUGCAUUUCCGACAAAAUUUCUUGGUUUACUUGAUACAUAUGAUGUGUUAAAAUCAGGUUUACCAAAUUUUUGUGCAGUUGCAUUAGCUCUUCAUGAAUUUGGUUAUCAAGCUAUUGGUAUACGUAUUGAUAGCGGUGAUAUAGCCUACUUAUCAUUGAAAAUUCGUAAUACGUUUCAGCUAAUCAGUUCGCACUAUAAUUUACCUUGGUUUGCACAACUUCAAAUACUUGCCAGCAAUGAUUUAAACGAAGAUACAUUACAUUCUUUUAAUCAACAAGAUCACUCAAUUGAUGCAUUUUGUGUUGGGACAAAUCUAGUCACCUGUCAAAAACAACCAGCCUUAGGAUGUGUAUAUAAACUUGUUGAAAUUAAUGGAACUCCAACAAUGAAACUUAGUGCUGAUUUUGAAAAACUUACUUUGCCAGGAAAAAAGUAGUUUAUCGUUUAUAUAGUCAGCAAGGUGAAGCAUUACUGGAUUUAAUGAGACGUUCACAUGAAGAUUCUCCAAACGUUAAUGAACGUAUUCUUUGUAGACACCCAACUCAAGCAUCGAAACGUGUUUUUGUUGUACCCGGGAGAGUUGAACAAUUACUCAAGUUAUAUUGGAAUUAUGGAAAAUUAGUUAAACCAUUGCCGACAUUGAAUGAAUCUAGAGAAUACGCUAUGAAUGAAUUAAACACUCUAAGACCAGAUUAUAAACGUAUAACUAAACCGACGCAAUAUAAAGUUUCAGUUUCGGAUGAAUUAUAUCAAUUCACUCAAGAAUUAUGGCUUAGUAUUACACCAAUUGGUGAAAUUAGUUAGUAAUUUUAUUCAACUUUUUAUUACUACUGUUAUAAAUAGUUCAUUUUUCUUUAUAUCCACCUUUCACAUAUCUACCUAAUUUAUAACAAAUGUACUAUUUUUUGCCUGCCAUCAUUUGUUUAUUACUUAUUUCCUUAUUAUUAGUAGUAUUCUGAUUAGUAUUUUGUUUAAGUCUUGCUUUACCAUACAAAUAGAUUGCUUUCAAUACUUUUUUGUGAUAAAUUUGAAAGAUACAUUCAAAACAACAUAUCUAUGUAUUUUCGACUACAUUUUCUCAUACCAAAUAUUUUUUAUGUAUAGAUUAUGAAUACCAAUAAAAAAUUUCGUCUUGUUCGUAAAGAAUAUUCACUUUAAUUGCCAUUUUGUUGUUGUUAAAUUCUUUGUGGCAAUAGACAACAUAAACUAUGCUAUGAAAUAAUGGAGAAUAUUUUUCGACUCAGGUGGAUACUUUUGGUAGUGUUGAAUUCUUCUAACUAAAUGUUUUAUAAUUUCGGAGUUCUCAUUUUCGUUCUGGACAACACAUUAUCAGUGCUUACUACAAAAGGUUACUCGGAAAGAAAAUGAAUGCUUUACAACCAAAUCAUUGAGCUCGGAGACCACAACAAAAACUAUUCUAUGGAAGAAUGUUCUCCUGAAAUAUCGGGUUUACCUUUUAUAUAUACAUAAUAUUAGUCAAAGUACCUGUACUUGGCUAGUGAGUAACUGUGUCAACAAACCCCUAUGAAGCAUUGUAUUCUUAUCUUCUGAAAUUGGUUACUGAGAAUAAAAAUUAUCUCCUAAGUGUUUCUAUUUAUUUUAGUUCCGACUAAAAUAUUCAUAUCUUAUCUAAAAUGAUUAUGAUUUGUUUUUGAAUUUUUCUGUCCAUUUUUAAAUCCUUGUUGUUUGUAUUUUCAAGUUUAUUGAGUUUUCACAUGUAUCACUGCUGUUGAGAUCUUUAUUUAUUUAUUUAUUUGGACACAUAAAUAUUGGUACAAAGGUGCACCAGA